AGUACGGAUCACCAUCCAUUCAUAUUUUCACCUCGAGGUUUAGGUGGACGCGGACGACAGUCAUUGAGAUGAAUGUUGCAAAAAAAAUAGUUUUGCGCUAGGGCUAGCAUCGUCGCUUGAUUUUUUAGAAAUGAAGGAAACAAGGAUGAACAGCAUGCGUUUCUUGUUGCAGUCUCAACCGCUAGUGCAGUCACAUGCGUUCGAGGGGUAAUGUCGUCGUCGUCUUCCCGAGAGGACUAUCAGCAAGAACUCCGCCGUGCUUUCGUCAGGUGCAGCUUCAUCAUUCGCAGGAGACGUUCUGCAUUCCCAAGUACGUAGUGAUUGCUAGUACAACAUCAUCAUGGCUUUUCAUCACAAUCAGUACGGUGGUGGAGGCCAGCGCCCGUAUCACGAGGGGCAGGGGCGAAACGGUCUUCCGCUUGGAGGCAAAGGCCUCGGAUACAAUGCUGCCGAUGGCAAGAAUCACGGGACACCACGAGGAAAGCAAGACCGACACGGAGGGCAUGUGCAACAGCAACAUGAUCAUCAUAAGGGUGGAAGCAGUAGUGGUAAAAAAGGCGGGGGCGCUCCGCACUUCAGCAAAGGCGGUUAUCAGCACCCUCAUCAGCAGGCGCAUCAGAUUUCCUACGGAGUCAGUCAGUCGCAUAUGGCUGGAGGAGGCCCAUCUGCAGGUGGUAAGGGCAUGUCUCACGGAGGACUCCCCUCACAUGCCAUGGUAUCCCAGCAUCAACACGGCACUCAUACUCCCGCCGGCAGCCCGCCUUCGUCCUCUCCCACGGGGGCGCAUCACGGGAGCCUUCUCCCACCCAGAGACGUGGCGCAACAGCACUUACUAGGAGGUGGACUCUCGGGAGGAGGUCCUGGUGGACAUCAGUUUUUACAUCCGCAGGCGAGUGGAGGACCUAGCGGCUUGUCCAGCAUACCCUCGUCAGGGAACCUGGCCGCCGCUGGAGCGGCACCGUCCCGACUCGCCACGCCCGGAGCUGUAACGGUUUUUGGUGCGGAUCGGGGAAGCGGAGUUGGAGGUGGAGGUGCAGGCAACAAUAUCAACUCAUACAACGGAACAGGAGCAAUGCGUGUAGGUGCGACGCCAAUGGCUUACAGUGUAAUCUCACCACGAGGUGAUCAUGGUACAACAGGCGGAAUAGGAGGAGGAGGAGGAGCACCCAGCGGCCAUUUUCCUGCUGGUAUGACUUCCGGUCAACUCCCGAGUGGAAGUGGGCAGAAAGGAGGAGCUGGACUUGUAGGAUCUGCCUCUGCUCCUGGAGAUCAUCCGAUGACGAACAGCGUAACGAAAAAGCGUGCUUCCUCUUCCAUGAGCAACGUUUUUUCAGUCGUCCAGAAAAAAAUUCAGGGUCCACCUCUGGUGCUCACGAAUUUUUCUAGUGAGCAGCGGGAAAGCAUGUCUCAGUUUGUCACUUCCGUAGUGUUAGGCAGGGUAGUUUCUCACUAUCCUAUGUGGGCUAUGCUGAGUGGCGCUCCGCUUGAUUUUAAGGGAAAAUAAGAGGGGCGCAGGGCAGCCCACUCGAGUCGGGAUAGUGAAAAACUACCUCUAAUAGUUGAUGCGUUGAAGAUCUGCGCAUCCGGCAUCCAGGGUGAGCUCCGCGAGCUGCAGCGCAAGAUUGUUGACGGAGGGGGAGCCGGUAACAAAGAGCCUAGCAAAGCAUCGACAACCUCUUCCAAGGAUGACGAGCUCACUGCUGUGGUCAAACCCACUAGAAAACUGAUGAAGGAAGUGACUCAAGCGCGAAAGAAAGAGCUGGACAACUUAACCAAAGAGAUUCUUAGCCCAGGCUUUCGAGAAGUCCUGACAGAGCUGCCAAACGAGUUUACGGAUACAGUCAUGGAGACGGUUCGAAAAGACCUAGUGCCGCAUCUUUUUGCGGUUGAGCAGCGAUGUAUCUUGCAGACUCUCUACGGGGCUGAAGUAUUUGGCCCGUCUCCUGACGAACGAAAUGGCGAUAAGGAUAAGAGCAAGGACGUGGACAUGACCGAUGCUGCUAGCAGUACGGACGCGAUCCUUGCGGCUGUCGCAGAUGCUGCUGGAAUUAACAGUAAAACGACCCCCGAUGCGCAACGAGAGGACGCGGCGCUGAAAAUAGAUGCCGAUAUUCUCGAAAAGAAUCGGACGGAGGUGCUCGGAGUACCGCAACAGCGGCGGUUACGGGACCCAUUAGGGCCCUCACCUUGGAACAAAGAAACUGCUGGCGGAAGCAGCUCGAGCACGGGGCCACCCAAUAGCAAAAACAAUGACCUCAUUGCGGCGGCAAACAAGACUCCGGAACAGCAGAGAGCAGGAGAAGUUCUCAAAAAAGCGCAAGAGGGCGUAGACAACAUCCUCUUUGUCACACCCCAAGAAUUUGAGGACGAAUUCAAGAAAAAAAUGCAAGAUGGGAAAAUUGUCAAAGGUACUUACUUCGGGCUUAGAAGUGCUUAUGAUACUGCACCGAAGUGGAGGAGGAGGUACAUCUGAUCCACUAGCAUUCCCAUUCGAAAGCGAAACCAAUAAGUAACAUGCACGGUCUCUCACUCUCUCUCUCCCAGCAAAUACUUUCGACGGACCUACUUAUCCUUGCUGUUUUAUUUCUAUGGGUCUCAUAACGGCUUUAUGCGGAUGCAGAGUUACGCCUACUAGAGUAAUCUCCUCCUAACAAAUACUUUUUGCAACAAUAAACGAAAACGCCUCCCAUCUUGAUCACCAACUCCAACACAGCCCUGAGUCUAGCGGACGACCUAGAUAAGCGUACGUUUCUUGACUUCUGCUUUGAUCGCUGUGUCGACCUACCAGAUGAUUCCGAUCUCCUCUUUCGCAUACCUGGUUUUAAGGAUCGCGUCCUUUUUCAAAUCGAAGAUAAAGCAAGGAAACUCAAUGAUUGGUACUUUGUUUAUCUCUAUUUCAGAAAUGUUCAUCUACAACUUGUACCUACGUACUGGUUUCUGUCGCAGAUGCAGCACUGUCACUGUAGACGUCGUCGUAUAUUAAACCGUUCCAGCCAUGAUCAUGCUCGAUAAGGAUUGCGCGAAUGAGUUUCUUUGAUGAAGACGUAUUAGUUCUUCUUUCCCUAGAGAUAAGAUUACUCAAAAAGAAAAACAUUUUUGCUUAUAUGAUGUUGAUGUUGAAUUACAGGAUGGACAAGAUUCGGUACGCGCCAAAGGAUCGGCAGCUGAUUCACGCCCUAGGCAAUGUAAUGGAUGAGCUGAUAAAAGAGAAGUAUCACCGUGUGUGGGCACACGAACAGUUGAAGAACGAGAGCUACAAGGAGUUGAAGACGUACCUUCUGAAGAUGCUAGCGAUGGUGCUCACGUUGUGCAGCAGCGUGAACAUCGGCGACCGUGCUCACAUGAUGCUGUUGAAAAAGGUGUUCUUCAAAGUGGACAACCAGAAUGAAGACCGCAUGGGAAAGUGGCUGGAAAUGAUGAAGCGCACGCACGAAAAGAAGUUUCUAGAAUGUGCAAACAGGCUUCUGUCCAACAAGCGCUUUGCAGGACUCGCGACCAGUACCCGGGAAGAGGUGGCUCUACAACAGAGGAAGCGCAAACAAUUCAAAGCUUCAGGUGGAGCUGAUGGAGGUAGCCACGACGUCGUGAAAAACGGUGAAGAUGGACAGAACGACAAGCCUGGCGAAUUCGUUGACGACGAUUUCGACACUGAAGACGACGAGGAUCUUAUCGACGAUACAACAAAAGAUGAGCUGAGCAAAUUGCUUCUGCCAGAUGGUGCAACUGCUGCUUCAGCUUCAGCGAUCAAAAAGAAGGACCAUGACUCACGAAAGAUGAACUGGGACCGAGUAGAGAAUCUGCAAAGUGGUAUAAUCAGGGAAAAAGUGCGAGCUUUGCUAGGAGAUGAAAAAUGGCUCGACCUCAACGAAAACUUCCAACUAUACACCAGAUUGGUCAUGCUCUUCGGAGAAGGACGGAAAGAGUACUCCAACAUUUUUCAAACUUUUAGGUUUUCGUGUUUAUACUUUAUCUUCAAGCAUUCAGUCGAAUUAUCGAUCCGGAUUCUGUAGCAUGCAUGCAAGCACUCUACUUGUUUUCGUCUGAAGAUAAUCAUGUCUUCCCUAUAUAUAUUAUAAGAAGUAUAUACUUUUUACAAUUACAACUACAGGUUUCUCCACCUUGUUCCUCCCGAGAGCCUGUUGAAGUUGCUCCGGGAACAUUUCCGUGACGACUUGCUUUUUUGGCCUCAGUUCAAAGUCUACUACAGAGGCGUAAAGACCUUCGUCCCGGAUUCUUUUCCAACGAUGAUCAAAUUAAGGGUCGAUACAAUUCAUCUCCAGCUCCAAGGGUCAUUUUCUUCGGUUUCCUUCAAAUUUUAGGACUUUUCCGAAGACAACAUGUCUUCAGGGAAGAAAUGAAUUGUUUUGAGCUCUAAUCAAGGAGUUUCGAUGGUAUCUCUCCAUGUUUCCCUCCGAAAUCGAGUUUAAACAAGGCGACAAUGCUCUCCACAAAUUCGGCGGGAUGGAUAUCACAUUCAAAGAUAAGGAAAACUCCGGGACGGGAAAAACGCAUGUACUUAGUUCUCUUACACAUGUUUUAGUACAUACUACCUAGUAGAUACUUGCUCUCUAAAAAAUUUGUGUCUACUGCUGGGUUGUAGCAAGCAGUACACGAAUAGUACCACGAGUGCUAAGGUACCGUGUACAACAUGCUCUAUUCUUCGGUGACGUCCCCGUCCCUUCUUGAUCUUCUUACAACUUCUUCCAUGUCCAUCACGGAGACGAUCAUGCAAAUAAAGUAAAGAAAACCUCUCACCGCCCAAUCCCAAUGUCACGUCAACAUCCAGGUUUGUUUCCGCGGCAACAAUGCGUCGAUAGCUGAGCUAUCUAUUGUAGAAUUUUUAGAGAAGUUUGGGCCUGUCUCUCUGCGAGACCAGCAGCAAGGUGGAGGUGUCAAUCUCCAGCUAGGUGGCGGCAAGCCAACCGGGAGCGCCGGCGUCGGAGGGGCAGCUGGGAACCCCAAUAUCGGUAUCGCACCUGGUGGAGUUAAUGCCGCAAAUCCCAUGGCCGCUGCCAAUGGUCGCAAACCCCAGAACCCUCCCCUCCCGGAGGUCGUUGCAGGCGCAAAAGAACUGGCAGAGAUCCUCCGAAAACAAAAUAUGGCCAACGAUGCGAUUAUUGAAAAGGUAACUUUUGGAUGUUGUUAUGGUGUCUACUUUUCAUCUUUGUUUCAUCAAUCUCUGCUACCUCCUUGUUAUCUACUUCAUAGUGCUUUUUCCGCGGACCAAGACCAACAGGUUUGCGGAUAUCUACUUCAUAGACAUCCACGGCGCUUUUUAAUAUUUUGCCUAGAAGUACCACUACAACCAACUUUGUUAUGCUCAUUUUUGUUCAUUUCUACUACUACUUCUAGUUUUAGCUAAGAAAGUACUUCUAGUACCAAAAGGAUCUUGUGUCACCACGCAGAUCAAAGACUACGUGGCGAACUGUACGGCAAGUCCGGAUCAGAUGCUGACGUCAAAAGUUUACCUGGUCUUCGCGCAGCGCAACCGCAAUGUGCCACCAGGCGUACUCCAGAUCGUGCAGAACAGUAACUUUGUGAAUAAUGUUCCAAAGGAAAAGCAGGUCUUGUUCAUCAAAACCAUGGUGGAAAGACCUCACCUGAUUCCAAUUUAUGGUUAGUUUUUAUCCAUUUUUCUCGGCAUCUUGCUCCCCUUUUGCCUUGUAUUCUCAUGAAAUACAAACGGAAAGAGGUCGAGAUGAGGGGACCAAGAUGGAGCACAAACUGAGUCUAACCAAUGAUGAAUCAAUACAUCAUGGGCGCGUCGACUGCCACACUCGGAGGCAUCGGAGGAGGAGGAGGGUCGUCCUCAUCGUCGUCCUCUGGAGGAGGUGGAGGUGCUAUUGGCGGAGGUGGAGGUACGACUGCUGCCGCAAAUUUGGCAGCGGCUCUGAGUGGAGGCAUGGGAGGUACGAAUACUUCCGUAGCAGCACAGCUCCAGCAACUUCUUAGUGGUCGAGGACAGGUCGCGAAUCGUAUCCAGAUGAACUUGGCCGGCCUCGGAGGUGGAAACGCAGGCGCACGCGGAAAUGCUGGACUUGCAGGAUCCUCAGCCCCCUCUUCCGGACAGAUGGGCGGCGGCAAAAAUGCAAAUGCCGCUGCGACGAAUGCAGCCUUGAGUAAUCUUUUGGCAGCGAAAUUACAACAGCAACAACAAACGACCUCAAACGCUGCAGCAGCCCCUUCUGCGUCUUUCCAACAGGAAUCGUGGGUAAACCUAAACGCCCCUCCAUCAAGAAUGGUACUCAGCUAGCUUUUUUUAAAGAAUCGCAAUUGUAUUCAUACAAGAUGAUGCACAUACUUAUAAUCCUCUUUUAUCGAAGAUGCAUAGUUCUUUCUACUUUAGAGCUACUUAUCGAUGCCGAGAAGCACGACUGCGAUCUAUGCGUAUGAUACCUUCAACGAAAUCAAUGCCCAGUAAUUUCAUUGUUUCCCAAAACAUCCUCUUUCUCAAAGUCAAGUAUUCUUACUCUUACUGUUUUUAAUACUUUCUCACAGCCCACGGCGUCCCCACCUGGCCGUCCCACAUCCGCAACGGAUUUGCUGGGAGGCCUCGCACAGCUUGGCUCGGAAUCGCCUAAAAAGCGGCAAUCUUCGGGAGGAGCACCGAUGCCAGCAGCAGUUUUAGGUCAAGAGGACGAUGAGAUUUAGCCGAACGCGAACCUCUAAGACGCCCCUAUGUAUGGCUGCAGUCUGCACAGAUCUUCUUUGCGCAAGAUUCAUUGUAUUGCAUAGGAAGGAGCACUCCGUGUGCUCUACCUAGUAUGAGCUGCUCCCCCCGGAUGCUGUUUUUGUGAAUCACCCGGAAGCUUCCAUAGUACCAGUCGUGGUAGUCUCUCUAUGGACCUGAAUCCAGGAGAAUCAAUGUUGCUCUUUUUAUCUUCCUCUCCCGCUUUCCUUUUGCUAACAAACUACGUUGUCCUCAUCCAAGAAGAAAAUUCACUGGUAUGCGUAUUAUCACCACAAUCACAAUUUUCAGUUUCGGUAUUUUCUAAACAUACCAACAUCCAUUCAUAGAAGAAUUUCAAGAAUCCUCCUACGUACUUGAGCAUGCUUAACUUAGCAUGACCUUUUUCCUCCAUGGUCAUGAUCGGCAUGCGCCACAAGAAUUUUUAAGAAGGAGAAUGAAACCGCAACAGGCUUCUCUGUUUCUGGUAGAAGGGGCAAUGACCUGUCACUUUGCAAUGUCUACCUCUACUAUUCGAGACGUUAGUAACCCG